GCGGAUGACAUCAGCUGUGGAAUGAGUGUGCGGAAAAAAACCCCGGCGCCCUCUUCUCUCCCCGGUUACUGAAUAUGACACAAUGUCUCCUGGUAUAAAAAGCUAGGGCCACUCCUAUCUAGGCUCCACUUGCAUGUCUGGAGACCACUCCGGUGCUCUGCGGCGAAUAAAGGGAGGAGGCUGCUGUUGGGAUCCUGCGCGUCUGUGAGGGGGAUACCAGAGAGAGAUAGAGAGACAGAGAGGAGAGGAUGGCCACCCUGGUAGAAUCUGCAGAUAUGGAGACUUUAGGCGGCCAAAGCAACACCGGGACAUCUCCGACAUCCUCCAGCCCGUCGCAGCACUUCAACGACAGCAAAUUUUACCUGCUGGUGGCUAUCGGGGAGAUCCUAACGGAGGAUCACCUAAAGUGUGCCAUUGCAGACAUAGAGAAAGGGAUCCGCUCAUGGGACACCAACCUUAUUGACUGCAACCUGGACCAGGAACUCAAGCUGUUUGUCUCUAGACACUCAGCUCGUUUCUCUGCAGAUGUCAGAGGUCAGAGAAUUCUUCACCAUAAAAGCAAUAUCCUGGAGACAGUAGUGCUUAUCAACCCUUCAGAUGAAGCAGUCAGUACUGAGGUUCGUUUGAUGAUCUCAGACACUGCCAGACACAAGCUUCUGGUACUCUGUGGGCAGUGCUCUGAAAACACAGGGGAGCUGAUUCUUCAGUCCGGAUCUUUCUCUUUCUUCAACUUCAUUGACAUAUUCACUGACCAAGAGAUUGGUGAAUUGCUCAGCACCAUUAACCCAGCAAACAAAGCCAACCUUACACUCUCCUGCCCUGAACAAGGCGACUGGAAAAAUUCCAACUUGGACAAACACAACUUGCAGGACUUCAUUAACAUGAAACUAAACUCCACUCUCAUACUCCCUGAAAUGGAAGGCCUCUCAGAGUUCACAGAGUAUUUAUCUGAAUCAGUAGAGAUCCCAUCUCCUUUUGACAUGUUAGAACCACCAACCUCAGGUGGUUUCCUCAAACUCUCUAAACCAUGCUGUUACAUUUUCCCUGCUGGUCGAGGUGACUCAGCCCUUUUUGCUGUCAAUGGCUUCAACAUGCUCAUUAACGGUGGCUCGGACAGGAAGUCUUGCUUCUGGAAGCUGGUGAGACACUUGGACAGGGUGGACUCCAUCCUUCUGACCCACAUUGGUGACGACAACCUGCCAGGCAUCAAUAGCAUGUUACAGAGGAAGGUUGCAGAGCUUGAGGAGGAACAGUCACAGGGUUCAACAGCUAACAGUGACUGGAUGAAGAACAUGAUAUCUCCAGAUAUCGGUGUUGUGUUUGUGAAUCUUCCUGAAAACCUGGAUAACCCUGAACCUAAUUACAGAGUGCGGAGGAAUGUUGAAGAGGCAGCAUUUACUCAGCAGUUCCUCACCAAGCUAAAUUUGAGGAUAGAGCCUUUGCAAAAGCCUGUUGGAAACACUAUAGAACCAAUCAUACUUUUUCAGAAAAUGGGCGUUGGGAAGCUUGAGAUGUAUGUGCUUAAUCCAUCAAAGAACAGCAAGGAGAUGCAACAUUUUAUGAAGCAGUGGACAGGUAGUGAAAAAGACACUGCUUCCAUCCUGCUGCCAAAUGGAAAAGAAUCUGAGUUCCCUGUCUCUUACUUGACUUCGAUCUCGUCUCUGAUUGUGUGGCAUCCUGCAAAUCCCUCAGAUAAAGUUGUGCGCGUUCUCUUUCCUGGAAAUGCCACCCAGCAUCACAUCUUUGAAGGUUUAGAAAAGCUAAAACACUUGGACUUUCUGAAGCAGCCAGUUAUCACUCAAAAGGCAAUGUCUUCUGCUAUGCCGUCAACACCAACACUAAAGCAAGCUAAGAUGAAACACAGAACAGACAGCAAAGAGAGCCUGAAGUCUACCCCAAAGCCAUCACCAAUCAAAAGCAUCAGGAAGGAUUCAAAGGAGGAAGCACCAGAAAAGGCAAAGAUGGAUGCAGAAUCAUCUCAUGAAAUAACCCAGAAGACAGAGAAAAAAGAAAAAGCUCCGCUGAAAAAGGAAAAGGCAAAGGCAUCUGAGAAAGAAUCAAAUGCAAAGGCGGAGCAAACAGCCCAAAAUGAAACUCCGGAGAAAAAGAAAUCUGAAAUAAAGCCCAAAACUGAAAAGGAAAAGGUUUUUAAGAAGGAGACCAAAGUGUCUGUGGAAAAGAAAAAGGAGGUUAAGAAAGAAGUGGCAAAAAAAGAUGAAACUCCCAAACAAGAUGUUAGAAAGGAUGAAAAAGUCAAGAAAGAGGAGGCUAAGAAAGCGAUUAAAAAAGAUAUCAGAAGAGACUCACCCAUGAAGGAGAAGAAGGAAGAAAAGAAAGAGCUAAGGAAAGAUGUCAAAAGGCCAUCUAAAGACAUAAAAAAGACAUCCACUGUGGGUGAAGAAAAGAAUCUAGCACCAAAACCAAAGCUACUGAAAAAAGACAAUGUCUCAAAGAAAGACGUAGGGAUCCCGUCAAAGUUAAAAGAGAAGGGAAAGUCAAAAGUGACAAAGAAGGAGACUAAGGUGGAUAGUGGCAAACUUGCUGCUAGUGUAACUGCUGUUGCGGAGGAUCCAGAAGUAGAAAGAUCUCUGAUGUCCUCACCAGAGGACCUCACUAAGGACUUUGAGGAGCUUAGAGCUGACGAGCUGGUGGAGGAUGAUGCGACUGUGCAACAAAAUAAGGAAGAAGAGGCUGUGAUGAUCCACCAUGAAGAAAUAAUACAAACCAAAGAGUCACCUGAGGCAUUAGAGUCUGUGGAUGAGGGUAUUACUACAACAGAGGCUGAAGGAGACAAUGGAGAGACUCCAGACGAACAAGUUCUUAAGGGAAAACUCAAUGGCAGUGUUAGUGAAAAGUUUGAAGAUGAAGGCACUGUGAUGGAGGAGACGUACGAGGGAGGGGAUUAUGAAGAGAAGGGAGAGACAGAAGAAGUUUAUGAACCACAGAAGGUGGAACACGAUAAAGAUAAGCUCACUCCCAGUGAAGAUGAAAACCAAGACAGAAAUGAUGAAGUCAAACCAGGACAUAGAGUUGAAGACAAUGAUGAUGAGACUAAUAAAAAUGUAGAUGGUCAGCAUAUAAGUGAGAGAGAAACAGAGAAACAUGAUCUUUUUGUAUCAACCUCACCCAAAGUGUCCUCACCUGUUUCUCCUGCUGCAUCUAUCCAUGAUGAAAUGCUUCCAGUUGGCUUUGAGAGCUCAACAGCCUCGGAUGACGAGAACAGAGAUGAACCACCUGAGGAUUACACAGUCACCUCUGGCCACACUCAGUCCACCAUUGAGAUCUCCAGUGUGCCUACUCCAAUGGAUGAGAUGCUGACUCCUAGGGACAUUAUGAGUGAUGAAACCAUGAAUGAUGAGACUGAAUCACCCUCACAGGAUGUUGGCAGGUUUGGGACAUCCGCAUCUGGAGAUUUUGAUAGGAAGAAGCUGUCUCCAAAUCAUGAUAUGCUAGAGUUAGAUCACUCUCAGAGUGAUGCCACAGAAGGCCAGGACUACAACCACUCUGCUUCCACAAUAUCUCCCCCUUCAUCACUAGAAGAGGAUAAAUUCUGUAAGGAGUUUCCCUCUCCAGCAAAGGCUGAGGGGUUUGCCGCAACCCAAGAAUCAAGUGAGAAGUAUGACACAGACUCAGCUAGACUGAGUUCAACUUCCACAACAUCACCUCUGGUACGUUCACCCUCAGUGGAUCGCAAGGACAAAUUUGAUUCUCCAUCAAUAUUUGCUGCGCCAAUAGAGCUGUCCACCACACUUGCAGGUUGUGCCAGAGCAACCGCUGAAUCCUCUAUCAGCCCAGAUGACAAGACACUGGAAGGAGCUAACUCGCCUCAGUCGUCUGGUCACACACCUUACUAUCAGUCACCAGUAGAUGAAAAAGCAGGAGCUCUACCACCUGUAUCAGAAGAUAAAGCACUGGGUCCAAUCAUUGUUGAGGUCACAAGUGAUAAAGAGGAUUCCUCCAAUAGAGUUACCCCGGAGCCCUACGAGCCAGAACCAGAAAGUUCCUCCCCUGUAGAGAGGAUAAUGUCACCUCUAAAAAGCCCACAUUCAUCUGAAGCUGAUUCUCCAACUAAGGAGGAAAAGUCACCCUUUGAUAUAGAUCAUAAGAAAAAUGGAGAAAACAGCCAUGCAGUCUUGUGCUCAGCACCAAUAACCAAACUUGAAUCAGACACUAAUCCUUUCACAUCUUUCAAAGAAGAGAGUAAAAUGUCUAUUUCAGAGGGCACCACAUCAGACAAGUCUGGAACCCCUCUGGAAGAAGUGGUAGCAGAAGAUACAUUUUCACAUUUAGCUUCAGCAUCCACCGCCUCUCUGGCCACCAGCUCUUUUCCAGAACCCACCACUGACUCUCCUUCCCUUCAUGCUGAGGUAGGCUCUCCCCACUCAACAGAAGUAGAUGACUCUUUCUCUGUCUCUGUAGUUCAGACCCCAACCACCUUCCACGAGGCUGAGGGAUCUCCAUCCAAGGAAGAUAGCCCAAGGCCCAUGUCUAUCUCCCCAGACAUUUCACCAAAGACAAAAAGCAGAACACAGAUGCAGGACACAAAAUCCCCAGAGCACUCUACCAUGUCAAUAGAGUUUGGCCAGGAGUCCCCUGACCACUCCUUAGCACUGGACUUCAGUAAGCAAUCCCCAGAACACCUAUCUGUGGGAGGCAACUCACGUGCUACAGAGAAUGGCCCAACUGAGGUUGAUUACAGCCCCUCAGAUGGAAUGGAUGGAAGACCAUCGGGAGAGCAUAGCUCUACAGUGGAAAAGCCUUUGCUUUUAGACGAAAGUGAUUCAGUCCUUGCCACCCCAUCAGAUGCAUCUCAGUCCACUCCCUCUGUUACAACCCCAUGCCAAAUGACAGAGAUACCACAUGCUAUGGCUGAGCAGACAGAUAAGUCUCCAGUCACCCCAAAGGCAUCCUCUCUCACCCACUCUCCCCAUUCCAAUGAGCCAUCUCCAGUUCUAGGAUGUCCCCCAGCUAAAGAUAUCACCAGCCCAAUUUCACCAUGUGUGGACAGCAUUUCUAAUAAAUCUGACACACAGCAGAAAUGUGACAAGUCACCCUCACCUCCCAAAGCUACUUCCCCAUCAUCUUCCUACUUUUCAAAAGAAGAGACCUUUUCCCCAGCAAAGGAGACAAAUCCCUUUAAAUGUGAGGAUUCUACACUUCAGGCAAAAUCCCCUUCGAGCCCCAAAGUUCCCUUUCCAUCAUAUCUACCUCUCUCCUCUGAUCCGUGUAAUUACAAUUCUGCCUGUGGCUCCAGGGACCCAGACUCUACUAAGAAGAGCCCCUCUGCUUCAUCUAAGACAGAUGUUGACCUCUGCCUAGUCACUUCGUGUGAGUACCGUCACCCCAAGACAGAACUAUCACCAUCUUUCAUCAACCCUAACCCUCUAGAAUACUUCAUCAGUGAAGAGAAUACCCUGGAUGAGGAGAAGCCACUGUCCAAGUUAGGAGGAGGACCCCCACCCCCAGGAGGGAAGCUUUCUGCCAAGCAAUGUGAGGAGACCCCACCCACAUCCAUCAGUGAAUCUGCCCCCUCCCAGACAGAUUCAGAUGUUCCCCCAGGGACAGAGGAGUGCCCCUCCAUUACAGCAGAUGCUAACAUUGACUCUGAAGAUGACUCUGAGACUUUGCCUACUGACAGGACCCUUACCUACAGGCAUGCUGAUCCUCCUCCGGUGGCACUCAGGGACUCUGCUCCAUCUUCAGGCCACCACGAUGUCUGCAUGGUGGACCCAGAAGCCCUCAAGGCUGAGGAAAAUCUCCACAAUGCUAAUACAGAUGGAGGUGAAAAGCCCAAGAAGAAAAAGCUCGUGAAAAAGUCUUCUUCGCCAGCCAGGAAGACAGUUCUAUCAAAAGUGAAGGAUUCAAAGACUUCCUCUCCAAAGAAGACUGUCGGAGAAGGUAAAGAUGCCAAAAAUGCAACCAAUACAUCUGCAUCCAGAGGUGUAAAAAGUGCCACAUCAGGUACUGGCAGUGGAAAGGUGUCAGGUGGGGUAUCUCUGCCCAACUGCCCUCCCAUGUACAUGGAUUUGGUUUACAUCCCCAAUCACUGCAGUGCCAAGAAUGUGGAUGCUGAGUUCUUUAAGCGGGUGCGCUCAUCUUACUAUGUGGUCAGUGGCAAUGAUCAGACAGCUCAAGAGCCCAGUAGGGAUGUCCUUGAUGCUCUGCUGGAGGGAAAGGCUCAUUGGGGAAACAAUUUGCAGGUAACACUGAUUCCAACCCAUGACACUGAUGUGAUGAGGGAGUGGUACCAGGAGACCCACGACAAGCAGCAGGAGCUCAACAUCAUGGUCCUGGCCAGCAGCAGCACUGUCGUCAUGCAGGAUGAGUCCUUCCCAGCUUGCAAGAUAGAGAUGUAGGCGUGUUCAACAAGAGAUCAGGAGGCCUAAUGACUGAUGAGAAAGGGAUCACUAUUUGAGGGAGACAAACAAAUCCAUGUAGCAUCAAACCUAAGCAGACACUUAAACACGUAUGUGCAAAAAUUAUACUUACUAAAUACUAAAAAUCUAAAAAAUUAAUAUCUGCAAUGAGGACUAACACUUUAAAAUCAAAUUAGCUUUGAGGGGCUCCAUGCAAAGGACAUUGUGUCCUAUAUAAAGUAAGUAACAUCCUUGAUACCGUCAAGUUGUUAUCUGAUUAGGUAUAAAUGGAGUGUACUGGGUUAAAAUUAGAAACCCAUAAACCAGCCAAGCCAUUUGUGUCCAAUUAUGCUAACUCUAGUGCAGAUCAAGUAAUUAUGUUGUUGAUGAUGUAUUGUUUCUUCUGCAAAUGGUACAUUCAUGAACUAUGGCUGUUAUCUACACCAAAUAAUAAAACAAGUUGUUUUCUGUUAUUGCCUUAGGGAGUCAAAAUGAAUGUAUGAGAACUGGUGCAACUAGCAGAAGAGUAGGCAGGUAACUCUACACACAAGAGGUCAGUCCCAAAAAGGACUGUUGAAUGGCUACAAAGAAUGGUAAAUAUAAAUUAACUUGAAAUAAUUCUCAACACUGAUUAACAUUAAUAUGAUGUUUGACUUCAUAUUCAUCACGGGCAAGACAAAUUGCCCCAACCAUUGUGAAACUGUUGUUUUUAAGUCAGUUGGGUUUUAUUUGAUUUGACUGGAUUUUAAGUUUUCGUUUGGUUCGGUGCAUGUUGCUGCUGAUGUAUGAAUAUUAAUUUAUUACGUUAAAUUUCAAUGUGCUUGAGGGUUAGGAUUAGGGUUGUCGAGAUAGCCUUUUACGAUGUGCAACAUUAAGUUGCUUCAGAAUGUUCUCCCUUGCUUUUGUUACAUCUGUAAAAUCUUAUGAUUUUCCACAAUGGUAACACUUUUUAGAGGAUUGCCUUCUAUUUCAGAUGGUCUGUUUUAUUCAAAGAUUUAAGUUAUUUCAAAAAGAGAAAAAUCUGAUCUUAUUUCUUAUAUCCGUUUUUUAUGUAAUCAUUGAGCUAUGGGGGAGCUAGCCUUUUCCCAUCAUAAAGCUGGUGAGGCAGGAUAUUUUCAUAAACCUUAAAAUGUCUUGUUUUUCUAAAGCAUUGUACUAUAAUUAUAAAUAACUUUGUGGCCGAUGGAGUGGUUGGAGACAUGCAUGAGUUAUGAUACAUUAGGAUUUUUGCUCUUUUUUUAAUGGGGAUUUUGCUCAGAUUUGCAUUAAGAACAACAGGGCUAAAUAGGCUAAUUAAAUAAAUGUAAGGAGCAUUUUAGGAUUUUUGCAAUUUGUGCCAUGACAUUGUAUACUACAGUAACUCCAGCGAUUGCCAAUGGCACUGUAUCAGUAUAAAACUUGAAUGUGGGUGUAGAACAGUGUAGACUUUCAGGAUGAUGUGAUCAAUUUGGUGGGCUGAGCAUUUCUUGUGACAUAAGAAUUUCUGGUCUUCAGCCAGGAUGAAAAGGAAACAGCUUCCUAUAGAGGCAUAGUUUCGAGCGGGACAGCACCCAGAGGUGAGAGUGAGUGACUUGUGUGUUUUAGAUGAAAGCUUGUGAAACUAAAACUAGACACUUUAAACACAAACAUGACACAUACCAAACUAACAGUACAGAGGCCAGAGAUCAACAUUGACAGUCAGCUUCUGGAGAAACAUUUAACAAAUCACAACUCUGAUUACAGGCUUUGGUACUUUGGACUAUUCAAUCGAAUCACCAAGCUCACCAGAUAUUUCUGAAAUUAUGUCAGGUGUUCACAAUACCAUAUUUUCCUGCAUGGGAAGUAACAUCACAACAAACCUACAAAUUCUGAACUGACAUUUCUCUUGAACUGACAUUUCUCUUUUCUCUUCUUUCUCUAAACUUCCUCUAUUUCUCUCUGCCUUUUUCUCCUUAUCUUUCUCUUGGGAGAACUUUAAUAAUGUUUGUCUGCAGCUGUGUGGUAUAUUUGUCUUGUGAUCUUGCAUCCUCUCUGCCCCUUACCCAGACUCAUAUGUAACCUAUAGCAAUUAGUUUCAAGUGAAAGUAUUCCUUAGUGCUUUCUGAUGUUUGUGUGCAAUACUUCCUCUAACCUUAUGGCGAAUCUGAUGUAAGAGGAACCACUACUAAAGAACAAAACAUUCAAAAACAACCACAAUAAAAUCUGUUGUGAAAAAGAAA